UUAUGGUUAUGCUGCUAGUGUGACGUCUAAUCUAGUGGACGGAAAUCUUAUUUCAACAGCAGCAACAAUAGUUAGUCAGACAACUCAGUAGCUUGCUAGACAAAAUAGCCGAACCAAUAUAUCGCUUUAGUGUAUAUUAGCCACUGUGUUUUAAACCCACUUCUGUCGUCUUGGUUAGUCAUCCGAUUUAAUUUCGUAUUUACGGUGUUGUUGUUAUUAUUCAGAUUGCGGUCUGGUUAAGUUAGCAUUAGCCUAGCUAACAUCCCCGACCAUGCGGUCACUAAGCUACUCUCCUUCUAAUGAAGAGGAGGAUAUCACAGUAAAACAAGAAGUAGAGGGUGAGGCCGUUACUGUGAAAGAAGAGGAAGACAUGUUCAGAGUGAAAGAGGAGGAGGAUGUUACAGUAAAAGGAGAGGAUGAAGCAGUUUAUGGAGUGAAAGAGGAGGAGGAGGAGAUGAUUGUUACAUCGAAAAAGGAGGAGGAAGAAGAGGAGGAAACUGGAUAUCUGGGCCUGGUUUCCCAAACGCAUCUUAAGGCAUCCAAUGGUUCUAACGAUGAAUUAAACCAUAAGAUGGUUUUGAGAAACCGUUCCCUGAUUAACACUAGAGAGAGAACUGUCUACCAUGGGUCCUCUUGGGAGCCUCAACAACGUCAUGAUGCUGACAAGGCAGAGAAGAGUCUCUCCCGAUCAGAACUCCUCAAGAAACACCAGCAGAGACCCACAGGAAAGAAAUCUUAUUGCUGCUCUGACUGUGGGAAAAGAUUCACCUCAUCAGCAGGCAUUAAAAUUCAUCAGAGAAUCCACACUUUAGAGAAACCUUAUUGCUGUACUCAAUGUGGGAAGAGUUUUGAUGCAUCAAGCCAUCUUAUUGUACACCAAAGAACACACACAGGAGAGAAACCAUAUUGCUGUGAUCAAUGUGGGAAGAGGUUUACUCAGCUAUGCAACCUAAUAUCACACCAGAGAAUACACACAGGAGAGAAACCUUAUAGCUGUGAUCAAUGUGGGAAGAGUUUUACUCAGCAAUGCACCCUAAUAUCACACCAGAGAAUACACACAGGAGAGAAACCGUACAGCUGUGAUGAAUGUGGGAAGUGUUUUGCAAGGUCGAGCAAUCUGACUCUUCACCAGAGAACACACACAGGAGAGAAAUCUUAUAUCUGUGAUCAAUGUGGGAAGAGUUUUACUAGGCUAAGCAGCCUGAUAUCACACCAGAGAAUACACACAGGAGAGAAACCAUACAGCUGUGAUGAAUGUGGGAAGAGUUUUGCAAGGUCGAGCAACCUGACUCUUCACCAGAGAACACACAUAGGAGAGAACCCCUAUAGUUGUACUCAAUGUGGGAAGUGUUUUUUUACAUCUAGCCAUCUGAAGAUACACCAGAGAAGACACACAGGAGAGAAACCUUAUAGCUGUACUCAAUGUGGGAAGUGUUUUGUUCAAUCUAGCCAUCUGAAGAAACACCAGAGAACACACACAGGAGAGAAACCUUAUAGCUGUACUCAAUGUGGGAUGAGUUUUGUUCAAUCUGGGGAAGUGAAGAUACACCAGAGAACACACACAGGAGAGAAACCCUAUUGCUGUACUCAAUGUGGGAAGAGUUUUGUUCAAUCUUGCCAUCUGAAGAAACACCAGAGAACACACACAGGAGAUAAACCCUAUAGCUGUGAUCAAUGUGGGAAGCAUUUUACUCAGUCAAGCCACUUGACAGCACACCAGAGAACACACACAGGAGAGAAACCUCAUAGCUGUACUCAAUGUGGGAAACGUUUUACUCAGUCAAGCCACCUGAUAUCACACCAGAGAACACAUACAGGAGAGAAACCUUAUAGCUGUGAUACUCUGAUAUAAGAUAUCUGAUUAAACAUCAGAAAAUACAUGCAUGAAGGAGUUUUUUCAUGAUAUCAAACAUUGUAGAAUCAGUAUUUUAAUGAUGUCACAAUGUAGAAGGUUUUAACAUUGUAGAAGGAGUAUUUGGUUGCUGAUUGCCUCAAGUGUGGGCAGUCAAAAAGUUUUGUGUUUUGCUUUUAGCCUGUGCAUCACAAUUUAUUUUGACUGCAAGUUUUUCCUGUAUUGGAGAUGAGUUUUGUUUGGGCUCCUUCCAAGGGGACGAGAGUUCUAGAAGCAAGUGAGUUUAAGGAUUCUAUAGAAAGAAAAAGAAAAGAUACGAUUGUAUAUUAUUAUUUAGAAAUAAAUGUUUUUUAAAUAGUUUUUAAUUGUUGACAGCCUGUAGACACCAUGUUUAUAUUGUAGAAGGUGAAGUAUUGUAGUAGAAUAUGUGAAAUGGAAGUUAUUUUCUGUUGGUGGUGCGCAAAAAUUUCCAACAACAAUAUAGGAUAUAUUUGUUGUUUUAAAGGGGAAAGUGUUACAGGCUUUUGUUUUUCCAUUUAUGUUUUGAGGUUGGACUUUAGCACGUAGGAAAGGGGGAUACCUAGUCUGUACAACUGAAUGCGUUCAACUGAAAUGUGUCUACAGUGCACUGAUUGGUGUCACCUCGUUUCACCCGACCUGGUCCAGGUUUUAUUUAAGAGUGUCUGGCCCAGUGCUCCAGUUGUAUUGAUAGAUGUGGAGAGUCAACACCUUUAGUUGCUCCACCUUUUUUGAUUUGCUUCCUGGGGGGGAUGGUGGGUGGGGAGGGAGGACCCAACACACUGCCUGGGUCAUGGGUUGGGAUGGAGGACGGGGGGGCGUCAGGAGAGGAGAGGACGUCCCCGCCGGUGGAGAUGGACCAGGGGAGCAUCGGGUGAGUCUCCUGUUUUUUCUUUGGUUUUUGGGGGUUUUAUUUGUUGUUAAUAAUUAAAUGAAUAGUUCUGUUUCUUUUUUUAGUCUAAAUGUUAGGGGGUUAAGGAAUAAUGUUAAAAGGAGGGCGGUUUUUUGUUAUUUAGAGGGGGUGGGGUUUGAUUUUGUUUUUUACAGGAGGUUCACCUGAGGGAUGGUGGGGAUGUGUGUAGAUUUAAGAGGGAGUGGGAUAAGGGGGAAUCUUUUUGGGGCAUAGGAGGGGUGCACUCAACAGGAGUAGGGAUUUUGUGUGGGCAUAGAGAGGUUAAAAUAGAGAACACUUUUGUAAUAAUGCAGGGUAGAAUUUUAGGGAUAGAUGUUAAGUUUAGAGAAGCUAGAUAUAGGUUAAUUGGGGUGUAUGGGCCACAGGUGGCGGCAGACAGGAGGGAGAUGGUGGACUGUCUGGCGCCCCUGUGUGUUACAAACAGGCACUUGGUGAUAGGAGGGGAUUUUAAUAUAGAUUUAGGGGUAGGUGGUGAUAGCAGUGCAGGCGCCAUCACUGGGCUAAUGGCUUGCCAUGGUCUGGUUGAUGGUGGCCUGCACACUACUCCGGCAAUGGUCGGUCCUACAUGGCGCAACUCCAGGGGCGUUGCGCGGAGGCUCGACUACAUUUUUGUAUCCAGGUCUUUGGGUCAGUUGUCUGGGCGGCUGGUGCCUGUUUUCUUCACGGAUCAAGACGGGAUGUUCCUGCAGGUAGGGUCGCCAGUCUGCCUCUUCGGUAGGGGGUACUGGAAGUUAGAUUGGGAUAUACUGGAGGAGCAGGCUUUCGCUGACGCAUUUUUUUUGUUUCUUUCGGAGGCUUGACGGCCUCCGGUCCAUGUGCGAGGGGGUGUUAGAGUGGUGGGAUUUAGUUAAAGUGAGGAUUAGGGCUUUUAUAAUAGGACAUUGUAGAAGGGAAAAAAAGGGAGGAAAGGAGGGAGGUGGAUCGUAUCCAAAGGUUAAUUGAACUCGAGUACGAGGCAGGCAACCUCGGCGGGUCGAUUGACUGGGAGAGAUCCGCAACCCUAAAGGCGCAGCUCAGGGAGCUGCAGGAGCAGAAGGCUCGAGCUUUCCUGGAGCGUACGCAUAGUGGCUUUCUAGAACAUAAUGAGACUUGUUCCGCUAUGUUCUUUAAGUCGGUUAGGGCCAGGCAGAGUAGGAAGGUAAUGCAUGGAGUUAGGGAAGAAAAUGGUAGUAUAGUAAGUAAACCAGAGGAAAUGGUCAGGGUGACAACUGAUCAUUUCCAAGGUUUAUUUAAGGAAAGGGAAAUAGAUGUAGAGCAGGGAAACGUGUUUUUAGAACACUUGUCCCGGCGGCUGCCAGAGGACAUUAGAGACGUGAUGGAGGCCCAGAUCUCACUAGAAGAGGUUGAGAGCGCUCUUAGGAGGAUGGGAAAAGGGAAGGUGCCUGGGAUGGAUGGGCUGCCGGCUGAGUUUUACCUCAAGUUUUGGGGUAUACUUGGACCAGUGGUUCUCGAAGUUUUGAAGGCCAUCCUUGAG